UUGUCUUUCAUGAAAUCUUCAUCUUAGCAUAAUACAAUAACCAAGCUGCGCCAUCAUCAGGUUGUUGCCAGCCAAUAUUGUUGUGAUUUUUUUUUUCUGUUUAGCCAAAAUAAAUCAAAACAGAUCUCUCUUUUGGAAAUUUGAAUUAUUUUUUUUUGUUUUGUGAUUCGAAUGUCUUUCUUCCUCUCCAUCUAAUGACAAUUAACAGGUCUAUUUAAUUAAUCGUGAUUUUCCUUCCCUAAACAAAACAAAAAAAACAAUGGAUGAUAUCAACAAUAUUCUACGUGAUUUAUCACUUUUUGAGCCAUCAAAUUCAUCAAAUAAUAUUGGUGGUCAAAAAUCAUCUCGAACAACAUCUACAACAAAAAGUGCCAAACCAUGUCGACCACCACCACCACCACCAAUAAUACAUAAUACAUCAUCAUCAUCAUCAUCCAAUUCGGUUGGUACAUUUAAAAAAGCAGCCAUUCCGUUGCCUAACGUUGAUCACCAUUCUUCAUCAAUGUCAUCAAUAAACAAAAACAAUGGAAUUAAUAAUGGAAAAAUUCAUGAUUUUUUACCAUCAACCAAUAAUAAUAAUACAACAACAUUAGCAACAGCUGUUCGUGCAACAGUUGAAACAAAAAAAUCAUCAUUUACAUCAAAUACAUCAUCAUCAACAAUGAAUCCUAUCUAUAAUUCAUCAUCAUCAUCAUCAUCAAAUAAUGGUAAAAUGAUUCAACAACAACAACCGACAACAACAACAACAAAUGCUCAAUAUUAUAAUACUUCAAAUAUAGCGACUACUACGAAUGGUAAAUCGAAUGGAAAUCAUCAUGAAUCAUCACCAUCAUUAUCAUUAUCAUCAUCAUCAUCAUCUGUAUCGACAAAUCAAUCGAAUCAAAUAAAUCGUAUUGGAACAAAUUUAAUACAAUUAAAUUAUGAUAUAACACCACCAAAAUCGAUUGGUAUGUGUGAAGCUGAAAAAAAAGUUGAAGCAAUGACUAAAGAUAUUGAACAAGAACUGGAAGAAAAAGAUCCUAUUGGUGAUUAUUUUGGUAUUUGUUGUAAUUGUGGUGAAAAAGUUUUAGGUGUUAUUGAUGCAUGUCAAGCAAUGGGUAAUUUAUAUCAUACAAAUUGUUUUACUUGUUGUUCAUGUGGUCGACCAUUAAGAGGGAAAGCAUUCUAUAAUGUUCUUGGUAAAGUUUAUUGUGAAGAAGAUUAUCUUUAUUGUGGAUUUCAACAGACAGCCGAUCGUUGUGCUAUUUGUGGUCAUUUAAUUAUGGAAACAAUUUUACAUGCAAUGGGAAAAUCAUAUCAUCCUGGUUGUUUUCGUUGUCAACAAUGUAAUGAAUGUUUAGAUGGUGUACCAUUUACUGUUGAUGUACAUAAUCGUAUAUUUUGUGUUUCGGAUUAUCAUAAAUUAUAUGCACCAAAAUGUGCUGUUUGUAAUACACCAAUAGUACCAUUAGAAGGUUCAGAAGAAACUGUACGUGUUGUUUCAAUGGAUAAAGAUUAUCAUAUUGAUUGUUAUAUUUGUGAAGAUUGUAAUUUUCAAUUAACUGAUGGUACUUGUUAUCCAUUGAAUGGACAUUUAUUAUGUAAAAAAUGUCAUAUUAUUCGAUUACAAUGAAUGAAUGGAUUUUCAUUUUUUUGCCAGCAUAAUCAUCAUCAUGAUGAAAAUGAUAUUAAUUUCUUUUUGGAUAUAA